CGGCUGCGGCGCAUCACCAAGGAGGUGGCCACGCUGGCGGGGCAGCUGCCGCUGACGUGGGAGAGCAGCGUGCUGGCUGCCAUGGAUGAUGACCGCAUGGAUGUGCUGAGGGCUGUGAUUUUUGCGCCGCACGACACACCCUACGCCAACGGCGCCUUUGCCUUUGACAUCCUCCUCCCUCCAGACUACCCCAACCACCCGCCAAAGGUCCAGUUCCUCACCACUGGCGGCGGGCGAGUGCGGUUCAACCCGAACCUGUAUGAGCAGGGC